AUGAAGGCAGAUGUCCUAAGUGGGCGCUGUCUCAGCAAUGCGGUGCUGGCGCGCAUCAAGCAGGAGAUGCCGCUCCUGCGACGACCGCCAUGCCUAGCGGUUGUGGUUGUUGGCAGCCGCCCGGACUCUAUGCGGUAUAUCGCGAUGAAGCAGCGGGUUGCAGAGAAGUGUGGCAUCCGCUUCCAACUCCACCAGCUGCCCGUGGCGGCUCCGCAGCACCAGCUACACCACGAACUGCAGUGCGUCAGCGGCGAUGAUUCAGUUGACGGUGUGUUGUUACAGCUGCCGUUGCCGCCUCACCUUCGCGCGUGUCCGGCGCUGCUGUGCAUUCACCCGAGCAAGGACGUGGAUGGUCUGCACCCACUCAACGCGGGCAACCUCUUUCUGCACGAGAACCCCAUCUACGCAGACGCUCUUCACGCGGACUUCGCGGCGGCGGGGGCCGACUCACUGGUGUCACGCCGCCUGGUGGAGGGGCGUUGCUUCAUUCCUUGCACCGCGAUGGCGGUUCGUGCACUGCUCUUCUCGUACUUGGCGAAAACUACCGUGCCAGCAGGCGCAGCGCUGGGCCCGCGGCGGAGUCUGCACGCUGUGAUCAUUAACACAAGCAUGGUUGUGGGCAUCCCGACCGCUGCGCUGCUCCAGAAGGAGAGCAACAUUACGGUGACGCUCUGCAGCCGCUCCAACGGUCUUGAUGCGGUGAGGGAGAUGAGCCGGCAGGCUGACAUUCUUGUAACAGCGCUCGGCAUCCCACGGGUGGUGACGGCGGACUUUGUAAAGAGUGGUGCUAUUGUGCUGGAUGUUGCCAUCAACGAGGACACUAGCAUGGACGGUUCCGGCAGCAGCAGUAGCACCAUAAGUGAUGGCAGUAGCAGUGCUGCUGUUGGGAAAUUGCCAGGCCGUCGGCGCCUCUGCGGUGACGUUGAUGAGGCGUCGGUGAGUACGAAGGCGGCUGCGCUGACGCCUGUGCCGGGCGGCGUCGGCCCACUGACAGUCGCGUAUCUGAUGCAAAACACUCUCAAAGCGUAUCACUUGGCGCAGAAGAAGAUCAGCCUGUUUUCAUCGUUUGCCUCUGGGCACGGAGGUAGAACGCAAUCAACUGGCUCUUCUUAUACUACUUCUGUUGCUGCUAGUGGCGUUACAAGCUCUGUGCUCUGUGCGACAGGUGGGGCUGAGCUGACUACGGGGAAUGACAGCGAUAGCGGCAGCAACAGCAACGGCGGCGGCGGCGGCAGCAGCGUGGACGGGGUGACUGACGAGAGCAGUGAGGAUCCGUCUGACGGCGUAGGCAGUGAUAGCAGCUUUGGUGUGUGCUGA